AUGGGAAAAUUCAAUCUCAUGUUUCAUAGCCACGAUGAUAUAGAUACCUUUAGCUAUGAUCCAUCGUUAUUUACAUGUGACGGACAUAGUCAUAUCAAAUACCCCGUUGAGUCGCUGGAGAAGGGAAUUGACUGGGGGAUUAAGGUUUAUGGAUGUUGUUAUGGCUUGGUUUUAGUAAGGCAUGUUAAUAAGUUCAACAAGUGUGUUCUUAUAUUGUGGAACCCAACUACGAAAGAAUGUAAGAGAUUACCGAAUCCACCUGCUGGAACAAAGGCUGAGGGGAGGGAAUAUGAAGAAUAUGCUUUGGGUUAUUCGGCAGGAAUUGAGGAUUUCAAAGUGGUACAUUUAACAGAGGCUUUGCAGGAAGGUUUGUGUGAGGUUCAGAUCUAUACGUCAAAAUCAACUUCAUGGAGAAGAGUUGAUAACGUCGAGAUAGAUGAUAUAUAUAGGCAUGGAAUGUCUGAUGCGGUCAUAUCGGCGGAGCUGCUCAUUGACAAAGUUGAAACCCUUAAAGUCCAUGAACUAGUGGUUUCCGCUUACCGGAUGUUUGUGUAUGAGGAGAGCCUACAUUCACUUGACACGGGCACUUCUCUAGCGCAAUUACCGUGGGAAGACUACGAUGCUGUUGGAGCUGAUGGUGAAGAAGAAUAA